AAAUCUUUCGCCAAAUAAAUUGGGAUCCGUCAUUUGAACAUUUUGAAAACCCAUAGUUACUCUAGAGGUCUGUAGAAGAUGGAAGGGUUCGGCUAUGUACCCUCCCCACAAAUCUCUGUCCCUGCCGCCUAGCUGAUGUGCAUUAUCACUUCAUGCGACACGUUCAGCGCUCGCAUUAAAUUUUCCAAUCCUUCCAAGGCCGUCCAGCUGUCACGUGACACAAACGGAUGGUCCCCUCCUCGGUUCUGGAUCCUUACCGUUCUCUUAUUCGGUAGAUACUCAAUUCCCCUGCGCACGUCGUCGUCAGCGAUCAACACGCAGUCCACUCGGGGGAGAUAUUCGCUCCACGUCCUACACGAUGGCCCUUAACACGCUCUUUCUCUCGGACAGCAGCCAAAUCUCGACGGUGUCGCCGGUUCCCAACAUCACGGGCAGGACCUUUUUUUCGCACCUACACCCGCCGACGCGCCAGAACUACAGCAAAUGGACCGUGAACCUCAGCUCGUCGUUCGCGAGUCCGCCCUCGCUCACUACCGACAUGCUCACCAUCACCGACGCGAUGACGUCGGACGGCGCCCCGCACCCGGACCCGGUGUUUGUCCUGUACGCGACGCUGAACUGGUACUUCCACCUGCCGACGCCGACGAACCCGCCGGCGAUCCCGGGCGCGCCGCGGAAGGAGUGGUCAGUGAACCUCGACCGCGUCGGGCUGUUCGCACGCGAGGAAGCCCUGGCCGCCGCCGAGCAGGCGGGCUUGAUCCUGCUGUUUGAUAGCUCCAUUCCCGACGGCCCCGUUGUAUACACCAUCUCGGCGUUUGGCGUGCGCCACCCGAUACGCCCGCGUCCCGCGCGCCUCCUGUAUAGACGCCACGUGCCGAGCUUGAACGCGGUGCUGACGUUCCGGCUUGCGCGGCUAGACGAUGCCCCCCUGGUCAACAAGUGGAUGAAUACCCCGCGUGUAUCGGCCUUCUGGGGCGAGUCCGGGCCGAUCGCGAAAACGGCGGAUUUCUUAAGGCAGAAUCUGGAGAAACGGCAUUCGUUCCCCGUGAUUGGGAGCUGGGAGGAAGUCGUCGUCAGGGAUGGACGGGUGAUGGAGGGUGGUGUCGAGGAGCCAUUCGGAUACUUCGAGAUCUAUUGGGUAAAAGAGGAUCGCCUGGGCCAGCUCUGCGAAGCACAGGACUGGGAGAGGGGGUUACACGUGCUUGUCGGAGAGCAGAAGUUCCGGGGCGCGCAGAGGGUCAGGGGAUGGCUGGGGGGGCUCUGCCAUUACUGCUUCUGCGACGAUCCGAGGACGAUGAGGCUAAGCUUGGAACCGCGAGUCGACAAUGCCAGAUUUAUCGGCUAUCUCCAGCAAGAAGGUUUCGCCAAGGAGAGGGAGGUGACUUUUCCGCACAAGCAGUCGGCAUUGAUGAGGUUGACUCGCGAGGCAUGGGACGGACCUUCUGCCUGAGCUGUGCGCGCCGGGAGUUUGUUGAUAACCUAGUACAUAGAAGGGUACUACCAUUUGCUUGCCUACUUGGCGGCGUUUUUGGUGCAUUGACGAAAAGCGGAAGUUGUUACCCUAUUUGCUUGAACCCGUCGGAAGGAAGUAGCCAUCGGUGAAUACUUGUGCUCAAGGACUUUAAUUUUCCUCUCUGAUUGCUUCUUCGCUUGAUUCUUCGCUUGUUUGCUUGUUGCUUCUUUGUGAUGGUCGGGAACCCGAAUCACGUCCACUUUCUGUCAAUUCACAUUGUAACGAUGAAUUACCACGCCAUUCC